GGUUCUCCCGUUUGGCGUCGUUCACUCGCUUUAAAUUCCAAAAAAAUGACGACGCGGUGUAAAACUUUGAAAGUCACAAUCACAAACAAGGUACCCACCCUCCCAAGUCCCAUUAAUUAAGAGCACAUAAGAAAACUAGUUAUUAUUAUUAAUUAAUCCAAACCAACAAAAAUAAAAAAUGGGGAUAGUAGAAGAAGCACACAACGUGAAAGUUUUAGGAACAGGGUCACGCUUUAUUGUUCUAGCUCACGGAUUUGGCACAGACCAAUCCGUAUGGAAACACCUCGUACCACAUCUCUUAGACGAAUUUCGUGUCAUACUGUACGACAACAUGGGAGCUGGUACAACUAAUCCCGAUUAUUUCGAUUUCGACCGUUACUCAACCUUAGAAGGCUACGCAUACGAUUUGCUUGCUAUCUUACAAGAACUUCGAGUUGAUUCUUGUAUCUUUCUUGGUCACUCUGUUUCUGCUAUGAUUGGAACCGUUGCUUCUGUUUCUCGCCCUGAUUUAUUUUCCAAAAUCAUCCUCGUAUCUGCUUCCCCAAGAUAUUUAAACGACAGGGAUUACUUUGGAGGAUUUGAACAAGAAGAAUUGGAUCAAUUAUUCGAUGCUAUGGCAGCGAAUUACAAAGCGUGGUGUUCAGGCUUUGCUCCAAUGGCUGUUGGAGGAGACAUGGAAUCAGUUGCAGUACAAGAAUUCAGCCGAACUAUGUUCAAUAUGAGGCCAGACAUAUCUCUAAGUGUAUUACGAACAAUUUUUCAAAGUGACAUUAGACAAAUAUUAUGUCUGGUUACCGUUCCGUGCCACAUAAUACAAAGUACGAAGGAUUUGGCUGUUCCUGUCGUGGUUGCGGAAUAUAUCCACCAACACGUAGGUGGCCCUUCCGUCGUAGAGGUUAUGUCGACGGAGGGUCAUUUGCCGCAAUUGAGUUCACCGGAUGUUGUCAUUCCGGUGAUACUCAAACAUAUUAGACAUGAUAUUGCGGCUUGAUGUUAAUGUGUGGUGGGUGGUGUGAUUGUAUUAUUGAGUUUUUCUUUUCUUAAUUAAUAAAAAUUUGGAAGAGGGUUACUUUUUUAUUUGUGUCCGUUUCGUAGAUGACCAAGGGAAAUGGAGUUGGCAAACACAUGCUUCCAUCAAUUAUUAUGUAUUAUUGUUAAUUGUAUUGUAUGGUAGUUUUUUAUUUUUGGUAGGUGGUGAUGCCAUUCAAUAGUUAUGGUCAUCAAGUGUUGGGAAUGGAGGCUGUGAAAUAAAUAAAUAGUUUGUUGGGUCCUGCCAAAUCAAUUUGUGAAACGAUUCCAAAUGGUUUAGUUAUGUAAAGCUCAUAUUUUCCACCA